GGAAAGUGAAGCUUUACCUUUAAGAUUUUUGAUGGACUGAUCUGUAGAAGUCAAAAAGCAGGCUGCAAUAGACAAAAUUUAAAAAUUGUGGCUUCCGUUCAUGAUGCUUUCCAAUAGAGAGACCUUUGGGGACCUGAUACUCAGUCACUGAGCAGUGUGCUGAUGCAUUUGCUCAGAUAAAUAGCCUGCCUGGCAGCCCCCUGUGAUGUAGAACAGCCCAGAAAGGCCACACAAAUCUGGGCCAGUGCUAUGCUGAGCUGGUGUGGCACAGGAAGUGCCCGUGUGGCAGCAUUGAGCUCAGGGCUGGGCACCUGCCUCCUGCAGCCCUGCCUGCACUCUGCACCCUUGAGUUUGAACAUGAAGGUGUCUCUGCUAGUCAUUGCUCAGAUUUCCCGAACACUGGCUUGUUUUCCAGCUGUGACCUGGGCUUGCCUUGAACUGCAUUACUACAGCAAUGCCAUGCCUGAGUCAUUAGUAUAUCUGGCAAGCAACAAGUUUCUUUGGCUGCAGCACAGUGGUGACUUCUCUGCCAGUGGUGUAAGGUAGAAUUGCUCAGUGCUGGUGGCUCUUUUGCCUUUGAUGUUGUAAGACUUUCUGGGCAAGGUGAUUGCGUCUCCUGGUAUCGGGCUUUCUGCCACUCUGGGGAAUUCCCAGGUUUGUGCAAGAUUUCCUCAAUCAAAGCGCCUUGUCCUAGAGUGCCCCCAAUCAUCCUCUUGGGUGACUUCCAGAUACCAGACAUGGGGCUUUCUAAAGCUUGUGCCUCUGCUGUGCUUUUGGAGCUGCCUGCUCUGGAGACCUGUGCCCUGGACAGCUAUGGUGCAGCUGUCUAUGAGCACAAUCACUCGGUCAUCCUGCCAAAUGCCACGGACAAGCCUGUUUCUCCUGACGAUGCUUUGGUCCUGAUGAACAAAAACAUGGAUGUCUUGGAAAGAGCCAUCAAGGAAGCUGCCCAGCAGGGCGCUCACAUCAUUGUGACUCCUGAAGAUGGCAUUUAUGGCUGGCGUUUCACAAGAGAAGCCAUCUACCCGUACCUGGAGGAUAUCCCCGAUCCAGCAGUGAACUGGAUUCCCUGCACCGACCCCACAAGAUUUGCUCCAGCACCAGUGCAAGAACGACUCAGCUGCAUGGCCAGGAAUAACUCCAUCUAUGUGGUUGCAAACAUCGGGGACAAGAAGCUCUGUAACUCUAGUGAUCCCGACUGCCCCAGUGACGGUCGCUAUCAGUACAACACUGAUGUAGUCUUUGACUCAGAGGGGAAACUGGUGGCUCGUUACCACAAGUACAACCUAUUUAGAGGAGAAACUCAGUUUAAUUAUCCUAAAGAGCCAGAAGCUGUCACCUUUGAGACCCCCUUUGGGAAGUUAGGCAUUAUCACUUGCUUUGACAUCCUUUUCCAUGAACCUGCCGUGGUCUUGGUGAGUGAGUUGCAGGUGGACACUGUGCUCUUCCCAACAGCUUGGAUGAAUGUCCUGCCGUUCCUGACUGCAGUUGAAUUUCACUCUGCCUGGGCAAUGGGCAUGGGUGUCAAUUUGCUUUCAGCAAAUACUCAUAACAUCAAUGCGACAAUGACAGGUAGCGGGCUGUUCACACCAGAGGGACCCGCCGCCUACCAUUAUGACAGCAAGACAGAGGAAGGACGUCUUCUGGUAGCAGAGCUGAGCUCACGUCCUCGUCUUUCCCCCACUUACCCACUCAGUGUCAACUGGAGUUUGUAUGCCACAAGCAUCAAGAAAUUCCCAGGAGAAAAAGACACUUUCACAGGAGCUGUCCGGCGAGAUAUAUUCACAUUCAUUGAACUUGGGUACAAAGCUGGAAAUCACACAGUUUGCCAAGGAGAACUCUGCUGUCAUCUGGUCUAUCGGAUGUCAGCCAAGAGCAAAGAUGAGGUUUAUGUCCUGGGUGCAUUUGAUGGGCUUCACGGUUCUGUCAUAAAAUACCAUUGGCAGAUAUGCACACUGCUCAAGUGCAAGAGCACAGACUUGAACACAUGCGGACAGCCGGUGGAGGUGGCUCAGACCGAGUUUGAGAUGUUCUCCCUCAGCGGCACGUUUGGCACUAACUAUGUCUUCCCAGAAGUCUUGUACAGCGGGGUGCAGCUGGCCCCCGGGGAGUUUGAGGUGCUGCGUGAUGGACGUUUGAAAAGUAAGCACAGCACAUCGAAACCACUCUUAACAGCAACACUUUUUGGAAGGCUUUAUGAAAAGGACCUGCCACAUCCCCUGCGAAAUUCCCUGUAGUGUAACUCUUAGCUGUUACACAGUAAUCACAGAGAAGAGAAUUUCAUACAAUGAUCCGAAUCCUCUUAAGCCAUGCCAAUUUUCCUGUAUCAUUCCUGUUCUGUAGUUUUGCACUUCUCAGCAGCUGCAACAGUUGAGAUUAUUUAGAAGCAAGCAAUGUGCUCACUCUGUUAUAUACCUGUAUUAAUGAUAUAUUUUUAACAGUGCUUGAGGCAGUGCAAUUAUCUUUUAUUAUGAAUUCUCUGUCAUGUGAUAACCUUAAUUAAAAGUUAAUUUUUUCCCAAAGAUAC